GUGACUUGGCCACGCAUGACUAUUACACCUAUUCUAUACGGUGAGGUAAUAAAAUAAAGAAAGAAACUGUAAAAUAUAUUUGAUCUCUCGCUCUCUCUAGAUUCUCUCGGUGUAUAUUGUUGUAAUCUUUCAAGCUCUGUCCAUGGCGAAAGGCCGACCAUCGAGAUCAACUAUGGAUUCUUAUACUAUCAAAUCAAUCAAUAAGACCAUCAGAGCUGGAGAUUGUGUUUUAAUGAGACCCUCAGACCCGUUGAAGCCGUCCUAUGUUGCUAAGGUUGAUAAGAUCGAUUCUGACAGCAGAGAGAACAACGUUAGGGUCCAUGUCCGUUGGUACUACCGACCGGAGGAAUCAGUUGGUGGUCGCCGGCUUUUCCAUGGCUCGAAGGAACUAUUCCUCUCAGAUCACUACGAUGUGCAGAGUGCUGACACUAUUGAGGGCAAGUGUACUGUCCACACAUUCAAGAGCUAUACUAAGCUAGAUGCUGUCGGCAAUGACGAUUUCUUCUGUCGUUUCGAGUACAACUCGUCUACUGGAGCCUUCAAUCCAGAUAGAGUGGCUGUGUACUGCAAGUGUGAGAUGCCUUACAAUCCUGAUGACUUAAUGGUCCAAUGCGAAGGCUGCACUGAUUGGUUCCAUCCAAAUUGUGUAGACAUGACUCCGGAGGAAUCAAAACGAGUUGAACAUUUCUAUUGCCACACCUGUUCCACUGAGGAUGCUAAGAAUUUGCAGAAUUCUCAAUCUGAUUCCAGACACUCAGAUACAAAGGUGGAUACAAAACGACCUAGGAGGUGAAUAGAUGAUGCUCGACACAUGCGGUGAAGUAGAUAAACUAUUUGAGUUUUCAAGUUCAUGUUAAUACCUAUGAAUAUGGAUUCCAGCAAACAAGAAGGAAGGCCAUUUGUGGCAUAAUUUGCAUAAAAAUUAUAACACCCUUUUGGAUUGUUGCCAUGAUCAUAUACUUUAGUUGUUUGUACUUAAUUAUGCUAAAUCUUAGAACCAUUUCAUUUUUUUUUUAAGGAAUGUUCACUUGUGCUUAC